UUCGCAUAGCAUCAUUUAAACGUGCAAUUUAGCGCGCCAUCCUUGGGUAUUUUCCGGACAGUGUAGAGAAAGGGGAGGAAAAGGAAGGGGAGGUGGGGGAAAUAAAAUCCUGGGAAGUGCAGAAGUAAGCUUUUGAACCACCAAUAUACAGCCUACACACCGCAAAGUGAAUCUAGGAACGUUUUUUUCCAGAGGCUAGCUACAUGGUUUAACUGUUUGUUUUUUUGUGGAAGAUCCAAAGACAGAUAGUACACCGGGAUACGAUGACUGAAAAAGAAUCAGCCACAGACAACGUAACUGCAGAUGUGGUCACUCCAUCUCCUGCGAAGAGCUUGGGGGAUCCUGGCAUCACCCCUCUGUCUCCUUCGCACUCCAUGAAGGACCCUGACCAGAAUCUGCAGACGGGACCCACGUACACGGUGGUGGUGGCCAUCGACUUUGGCACCACGUCCAGUGGGUAUGCCUACAGCUUCACCAAGGAGCCCGAGUGCAUCCACACUAUGAGGCGCUGGGAAGGAGGGGACCCAGGGGUGUCCAAUCAGAAGACGCCCACCACCAUUUUGCUGACGCCCGACAGGAAGUUCCACAGUUUUGGCUACGCGGCGCGCGACUUUUACCAUGACCUGGACCCGACCGAGACCAAGCACUGGCUUUACCUGGAGAAGUUUAAGAUGAAGCUUCACACCACGGCGAACCUCUCGAUCGACACAGACCUCCAUGCAGCCAAUGGGAAGAGGGUGAAAGCCCUGGACAUCUUCGCCUACGCUCUGGGCUUCUUCAAGGACCAGGCGCUGAAGGAAUUGAGUGACCAGGUCGGCACAGAGUUUGACAACGCGGACGUGAGAUGGGUGAUCACGGUGCCGGCCAUCUGGAAGCAGCCAGCCAAGCAGUUCAUGAGAGAGGCAGCGUAUAAGUCGAGCCUGGUUCCCCGGGACAACCCCGAGCAGCUCAUCAUCGCUCUGGAACCAGAGGCCGCCUCCAUCUACUGCCGCAAGCUCCGCCUCCAUCAGAUGAUCGACCUGGGGUCCAAGAGCACGGUCAAUGGCUACAGCCCCACGGACAACGUGGGGGCGGGAAUGACCCAGGCCAAGGAGCUCGUCCGCCGCAACCGACAGAGCCGCACCUUUUUGGUGGAAAAUGUCGUAGGAGAGCUUUGGUCGGAGCUGGAAGAAGGUGAUCGCUACGUGGUGGUGGACUGCGGGGGCGGCACGGUGGACCUCACGGUUCAUCAGAUCCGACUGCCUGAGGGCCACCUGAAGGAACUGUAUAAAGCCUCAGGGGGCCCCUAUGGCUCGAUUGGCGUGGACUACGAAUUUGAGAAGCUCCUCUGCAAAAUAUUUGGCCCAGACUUCAUCGACCAGUUCAAGAUCAAACGGCCAGCGGCCUGGGUGGACCUGAUGAUCGCGUUCGAGUCCCGAAAACGAGCAGCUGCCCCAGACAGGACCAACCCCCUCAACAUCAACCUGCCCUUCUCCUUCAUCGACUACUACAAGAAGUUCCGCGGGCACAGCGUGGAGCACGCCCUGCGCAAGAGCAAUGUGGACUUUGUGAAAUGGUCGUCCCAGGGUAUGCUGCGGAUGAAUCCGGACGCGAUGAACGCCCUCUUUAAGCCCACCAUCGACCACAUCAUCCAGCACCUGGGCGAGCUCUUCGAGAAGCCCGAGGUGACCAACAUCAAGUUCCUGUUCCUGGUGGGCGGCUUCGCCGAGUCGCCACUCCUGCAGCAGGCCAUCCAGACCAUGCUGCAGGGCCGAAGCCGCAUCAUCAUCCCGCACGACGUGGGCCUGACCAUCCUGAAGGGCGCGGUGCUGUUCGGCCUGGACCCCGGCGUCAUCAAAGUGCGCCGCUCGCCCCUCACCUACGGCGUGGGCGUGCUCAACCGCUACGUGGAGGGCAAGCACCCGCCCGACAAGAUGCUGGUGAAGGACGGCACGCGCUGGUGCACCGACGUCUUCGACACCUUCAUCGCCUGCGACCAGUCGGUGGCGCUGGGCGAGACGGUGAAGCGCAGCUACACGCCCGCCAAGCCGUCCCAGCAGGUCAUCGUCAUCAACGUCUACUGCUCGGAGCGCGAGCAGGUGGGCUUCAUCAGCGACGCCGGCGUGCGGAAGUGCGGCACGCUGCGGCUGGACGUGAGCGGCACGGAGAGCCCCGCGGCACGCCGGGAGAUCCAGACGCUCAUGCAGUUCGGCGACACCGAGAUCCGCGCCAUGGCCGUGGACGUGGCAACCUCCCGCAGCGUCAAGGCCAGCAUCAACUUCCUGGGCCAGUAGAUCCACGCAAGACGCCCCCCCCCCCCCGCCAGCCCCGCCAGGCCCGUGCAGCAAAACGUCACCGAAAU